AGUUUUCGUUCAACGGAAAAACUCGUACGUACGUGAAAGCUCCAUACAAAGAACCAAAAAGUGCCUGAGAUUAAGACCACUGCGGCAGCUACCCACUAUACACGAUAAAGAUCGCUUGUGGCUGCUUUUUGCCUUUCAAAAUAAAAUCCAAUGUGCACGUACAACAAUGCAAGAGAGCAGAGCGGUGUUUGCCUAUAAAUAGAACAUUUUACCGAAAGCACAUUUCUCCUAUAUUGUAAAAUGAUGUUAUGCUAUGUUAUGCUACUGUAAUAAUGAGAAACCACAAUAAUUCUGGUAAACGGCGAUAGUUAUGUGGAUGUGUAAGUGCGGCAACAACAACACUAGUCUUUCGUUUUUUGGCAAAUCAAUCAUAACAUCGUAUUAUUCAUGAUGCUCUAGAACGCAUAUAUAUAUUUUUAAAAGACAAGAACUCGCCAAAACAGAAGACAACCCAAAGAACAAUCAUGCAUUUACAGGAGACUCAAAGAAACGACGAAAAUGUCGGUGGGCCACGGGACCCGUUUCAGCAGCAGCAGCAGACGCACAAAGCCUCGAGCGCCCAUGCUAAGGGCAAGCCGCAUCAACAGCACCACCCCCAGAACCAACCACAGCAGCAGCAGCAGCAACCACAGGAGCAGCAACAACUACAGCAGCAGCCGCAACAGCAACAGCAGCCGAAGCAGGAGAAAUACAUAAGCUUUAACUAUAAGAAUCAGGAUCCGGACGGGCACUUCCUACGUCUACAGCCGCCAACAAAACCACCACCGGCAAUUGGACCAAGAUUUCAGCCACACAUCCUAGAGAAUCUGAGAGCUGGUGCAGGUGACGGUGCGCAAGAGGGAUCGGUGGAGCCAUCGGAGGAGCAUCGUUAUCCAAAUGCGCUGCAGCGAUCAGCGACGUUGCCAGCGAAACACAAUCGUUUAGGAGUACGUAGUCGAGUGACUUUUCGAGUACCACAAGCGACGCCUGCGCUCGGCGCAGAGAGAAGCAGCAACAUUAAUAGCUGUAAUCAAGCCGCCGUUGCGGAGAAGGAGGCCAACAAAAUGACUUCGGAGGACCUGCUUCAGCCGGGUCACGUGGUCAAGGAGCGUUGGAAGGUGGUCCGCAAAAUCGGUGGCGGCGGUUUUGGCGAAAUCUACGAAGGACAAGAUCUCAUAACGCGCGAGCAAGUGGCCCUGAAAGUCGAAUCGGCACGUCAGCCCAAGCAGGUGCUCAAAAUGGAGGUAGCUGUUUUAAAAAAGCUGCAGGGCAAGGAGCAUGUCUGCCGUUUUAUUGGCUGCGGUCGGAACGAUCGCUUCAAUUAUGUUGUCAUGCAGCUACAGGGGAAAAAUCUCGCCGAGCUUCGACGCGCGCAGCCACGUGGAGCAUUUUCAUUGAGUACAACUCUUAGGCUAGGCUUGCAAAUACUCAAAGCUAUCGAAUCAAUACAUUCUGUGGGUUUUCUGCAUCGUGACAUUAAGCCGAGCAACUUUUCCGUUGGGCGCUUGCCCUACAAUUGCCGUCGUGUCUAUAUGCUGGAUUUUGGUCUGGCGCGUCAAUACACAACGGGCACUGGUGAGGUGCGUUGUCCACGUGCGGCGGCUGGUUUCCGUGGCACGGUACGCUAUGCCUCAAUUAAUGCCCAUCGCAACAGGGAAAUGGGUCGUCAUGACGAUUUGUGGUCAUUGUUCUAUAUGCUUGUGGAAUUCGUCAACGGACAACUGCCAUGGCGUAAAAUAAAAGACAAGGAGCAGGUCGGGCUAACUAAGGAGAAGUACGACCAUAGAAUAUUAUUGAAGCACUUGCCAUCCGAUCUCAAACAAUUCCUGGAGCAUAUACAGUCCCUGACCUAUGCCGAUCGGCCAGACUAUGCGAUGCUUAUUGGGUUGUUUGAGCGGUGUAUGAAACGACGGGGUGUCAAGGAAUCGGAUCCGUACGACUGGGAGAAGGUAGACACUGCCGGUAUUGGCAACAUAAAUCCAGCGACCAAUGCUCCGACACCGGCUAAAAAUGAAUAUAUGCACGGCAAUAUUACACAGAUGACUGUCGCAGCCUCCAAUGCAAGCGGCACAGAAUAUAUUCGGAAAAGAAAUGACAUUGAUACGGCUCAGAUGGCCUCAACGGAACCGCUACACAUAAAAGAGAAGGUGGAUAAGAAUUGCAAUGCGACGACACCUCAGCCCGACUGCGCCAUACAGAAUCUCAAUUCGGGCAAUCAAAACAUAUUGGCCAAGACACCGCUGGCUGGGAAUGCUAUUCAGCAGCAGCAACAACAACAAUUGACUUCCAAUGCGGUGGCCCUACCAAGUCUGACAAGUGGUUUGAUGAAAUCAGCAACUGUGGCUGUGUCCAAUCAUGAAGCUUCCGCCACGGCACAAGUCAAAUCCCCACAUGCAGUCAUCCAUACAAAACGUGGCCAGGCACAUGCUGGAAACGCCGCACUUGGCCAAACAUUUGGCAAAUCAUUUGCAAGCAAUCAAAACAACUCGGCACCAGUUUACUAUCCGCACGCUGAUGACAAAAUUGCUGCCCUACUACCAAUUAAGUUACAGAAGGAAGCAGGACGCAAGGAGGAUGUAGUCUCCGUGUCUCUGGAAAAUGUGCUAGAGGAAAAGAACGGCCUUAAUGCUGUCGAUGUGGGCGGCACCAGCAAAUCGCUGUGCGGCGAGCGUCACUCAACGCGAGGCGAUGCCCAGACUACUGGCGGCGAGUUAGCGGCCACAGAUGUUGUGGGACCCAAGCUGGUAGCCGCUUUGGCGCCUGAAAAAUCAUCCGAAAGCAAACGCAAUUCAACCCAUGGUGCCGGCAGCGCAGAGGAGCAGAAAUCAACAUACGGACGCUUGCGGGUGUUGACAGCACCUCCAAUGAGUGUGCAUGACUUAACAGUUGGUGCCGGCACGGCCUCUGUCGGAAAUACUGGGGCCGGGGCUGAUGGAAUUUCAACAGGGCGUGAUCCGGACCAUUUGCUAUUUGAUGCGAUAGCUGGCAACGUGGCCUCUGGAACAGUUGUUCCAUCGUCUAAAGCUGGGGGUGGACAGCGUGGUCAGGUCUUUUGCAUAGCUGGGGGACCGCCACCGAAUCGUCGAUCAGCGACAUCGACCAAUUUGCGCCCCUCGUCGGGCGCUGGGUCAACGCAACGUCUGAGCAGCGGUGGCACAACAAGAGGCAGCAUGGGUGGCGAUCAUUCCGUCACACAAUUCGCUCUGAUUGAUGACGAGAACGUAUCGGCACUGCAGCAGGUAACCAAGGGUGGUGGCGCACUAACUUUGGCCUCACAAUGGAAGAGUCAAUUCGAUGAUUCCGAGGACACGACCGACAACGAGUGGAAACAAGAGCCACAGUCCCAACCCAAUUUGGAGCACGUGAACAAGUCGGAAGUGGCAUUGCCUAGCGAGAGUGUCAACAUAAUCGCUACUAGCACUAGCAAAGCUGAAACAGCUGAACGACCCCAAGGAACUGAGCGGGUAAAGAGAUACACACUUAACAUAGCCGGCAUCGAGAACUACGAAACCCUGCAGAAUUCGAUACCGCACUGUUGGUCUGAGCCGGCGAUGGGUAAUGUAUUACGUAAAGAUUUAGAGCCACCUGCUGUACAACAGGCAGCCUUCGAUGACACAGUUUAUCGGAUGGACAUAGCCAGGAAUGUGUGCGUGCGCGAAACCUAUUCUGAAAUCGCUCCCUUGCUUAAUGCGAAGGCGGCUGCCGGUGCCUAUGCGGUGCACUCCUUCCGAGAAAGAGACCGAGACAGAGAUAGAGACAGCGACGAUGCUGCCAACGUGCACGACUAUCCGUCGGCCAACAAUCAGCCGCCAAGUGUGGAUGGUCCAGCAAAUGUGAAUACAAUGUGCAAACAUCGAAACAGCCUUCCCAAUGUUUCCCUGACUGAUAUCUUUGAUGAGCAGCCAUUAGCGAUAAAUACAAAUACUCAUCUAAAUGCUGGUGGCGUUCAAGAACAACAUUUGGCCAAGGAGCUGACUAGGAAUACUGGCGGCGACGCUUUGGCCAGCAUUGUGGCCGUGCCCUGGUGUGUUCAAACCACUUCCUGUCAGCGAAGCAAUUUGCCACCUCUACAGAGCGCCGCAGAUCCCAGCAUGCAGAGACUGCAAACGCAUUUGCCGGAAUGCAACCAACAUGUACAGGCCACCAGUGGCGGUUCCAGUGGCAAUACAACACAAGGUGACGAUGGCUGUGUUAGUGGACGACUUGAAAUUCGUGUCAUUCCCAAAGAAAACUCGAACCUUGAUGAGUCUGUCUACUAUGAUGCAGUAGCAGCCGCUGCCAAAACCUCGAGUGGUGCCGUUCCUAGUAAGGGAGCUGUAGUUGGUUAUACACAAAGUCCAGAGCCACGUGAUAAGGUGCCAACAAUCUGUGAUGACAAAGAAGCAGCAGUGAUUUCUUCAUCUACAACUAAUAAUAAUGUGCCCACUAACAACACUAAAGAUUUGCCAGCCACGCCCAAUGAGAUUAGCUGCUGUAGCAUCAAUCAAUCAUCGGGCGAUGCUCCGAUGAAAAUUAAGUUGAAUGGCAAUGGUGGUGGUACCCAUAAUAUCACUCCAAUUGGUACGCAAUCCAAAACAGGUGACUCGAAUACGCAAUAUGCCAAUGCUAAUGCCAAUACCAAUACCAAUGCCAAUGCCACUGCCACCGCCUCGGUCAGUCGUGUGGGUGGCGGCGAUAUUUCAACUCCCAGUAAGAUUCCAGUACUUACUUCCAAUUUGCGUCAGUCCAAGUGUGCUUCUUGGGCGGGCGUUGACACUGCAACCGUAGCAGUAGCAGCAGCAGCAACAACAGCAGCAACAAUAAGUGCUAUCAAUCCUGUGGGAACACAACCACCACUUCAGAAUCCACCACAACCACAACCACCACCACCACCACAACUACAACAACAACCACACCAAACACCCAGUUGCGUCGCGGACGUUAUUGCCAGCCGCAAUGACAUUUAUUCUAGUGCUUUACAAAAUCCUCCUAAUAUUACGGACUUAACACCAGGUUUGCGACGUCGUCGCGAGUCUACAGAAGGAAAGUACGUAACAGAUCCCACACAACUAAACUUAAGAUUUCAACGUCCUCGAUCUCGCACUUCCAGUCGGACGCGUGGCAUCCCGACAACAAUGCUCGGCCACUUUGAUGAUCACUCCACGGACAACAGCGAGGAUCAGCCCGGCAAGGAUUUAGGUACAGCAGACAUUGUUGGCUUUGGAACCUUAUCAUGCAAAGCAGAACCUACCUCUACUUUCGUUUCCCAACCAACCGAGGAUGCAUUAUCAGGCAACAUAGCACGGAAUCAAAAUUUAAUAGAUACCCAAGUGCGAACUGACAUCUCGCCGCCGCCCGGAGAUCCAAAAAUAGAAAAUAGUGCACGCUUACGACGAUACAGACAUAACGUAGAAUAAUUUCAUAAAUAACGAUGCAAGCAAGAUAGCGAGCAAGCAAUAGUUUCACGCCAUAUUCGUAUUAGAGGAGCGCAAUAGAAAUACAUACAUAAAUUAAAUACAAGCAAACAAAAACAAAAACCAAAAAGAAAAAACAACAAAAACUUAGCCAUAUUCGCUCGUUCAGAAUAUAUAUAAAUAUAUAUUUAAAUUGUAGAGCAAUUACGCAGUAAGCUUUAGAGCCAUUUUAAGGGUGUAAAACGCAAUCAGAAUCGAAUUCAGACUCGGUAUCAGAAUCUGGAUCAGAGUGCAUUCAACUAUCGGCGAAAAUUAAGCGCAUACGCAAAACCCCUUCUCUCAAAUAUUACCCUAUUUACCUACCAGCCAUAAACAAAAUACAAAAUACAAAAUAGAACCCUUUGGGCGUGCUAGCUGCUGCAAGGGCCGGUGUCUUAUGUAACAAAACAGAAAAUAAUAAUAAUAAUAACAAACAAAGAAAGAAGAUGAUAAAAUAUUAUGGACUAUUAUAAUCUAGUUAUAAUAAAUUCUAUAGAAGCUCUUACACAUGCAGAAGCUCUUUGCUAGGUGAAUAUCAAACAUUAAUCAUUGUACAUUUUGAAUUCUUUAAUGGAAUGGAAUACCAGAUUUUAGCAUAUUGAUGAUUGGUUGCGUUAGAUAGUUGAUUUGAAGAAAAAAACACGAAAGAAGAAGAAGAAGCAUAAAGCAGCAACAUUUAAUGAAACAAACAAAAACCAAAAAAAAAAAAAAAAAAAACAAAACAAAACACAAGUAGAAAAGUUGAAGGACAAGCAUUAUUAAUGAUGAACUUCAGGUAUGGAUUACAAUUACAUAUGUUCAACGACGGUGUUUAAUGAAUGGCGCUAUAAAUUGAUCAUUAGUUUCAGUUAUAAAAAAUAUAUAUGUACUAUAAUAUAGACAUUGAGGUGUGGCGUUACGGCGUUAAUGGCGUUAAUUGCUUUCGACAGCAUGGGGACUACACAUAUUUAAAAACAAAAGUGCUUUCUAACAAAUUUAAGUUUAUUUUACCUACUAUUUAUUUUGAUGAUAUUUUGUAAACCAAAGAUUUCAUUAGAAGGAACUUAAUAUAUGAUAUAAGGGUUAUUUCUUUAAUUGUAUAUACGCAUAUGUGUGUGGAACUUGUAAUAGAACAAAUUAACCUCAAUAAAGUGUAACAUUAAUUCUACAGUA